AUGGCGAUCUGUACUUAUAACGCACGUACGCUUGCAUCGGAAGCGGCCACCGAAGAUCUGAUGAUGCAAGCCAAGAAGAUCAAGUACGACGUCAUCGGACUGACCGAGACGAGACGACGUCAGCCUCUCAACGCCGAACAUGCGACAGUAGAGGUGUUGGUGGAGUUGGCGUCCUCGUCAACACGAGUAUGGCAAAGAACAUCGACUCUUUCGAACAACUUACGACCCGAAUCGGACGUCUGCGGAAGAAGAUGUGGUACAACACCAGCUUUGACUAUCUUCGUCGCUCCAACAUCAAGCUACGAAGAUGCAGAAGUCGAAGCUUUCUAUAUGGACCUGGAGAAGUUCUACCGAGAAGAUCAUGCCUUCUACAAGGUCAUAAUUGGCGAUUUCAACGCCAAGGUUGGACCAAGAAGAACGCCGGAGGAACUUCACAUCGAGACCCACGGCCUACAAUGGAAUGACCAGGGGGAGAGGCUCUCCGAGUUCAUCAUGACGACUAAGACCAUCCAUGGGAACUCGCAAUUCCAGAAGCCCUCCUCUCUACGCUGGACGUGGGAGUCACCCGGUGGAGGGUACCGUAAUGAAAUAGACCACAUCAUCGUCAAUAAAAGGUUCUGCCUGACGGACGUCGCUGUUGUACCAAAGUUCUAUACGGGAUCGGACCAUCGCCUCCUUCGAGGAAGAUUUUCCUUCACAAGGAGAGCAGAGAAAGCCGCCAAGUUCAGAGAGAGAAAUCCCAGGACUAUCAUCAACUGGGAUCUCUUCGCUACGCUAGCCGGCUUUUGGGAAGAUUCCGCAAUGGACAACAUCGACGAGGAAUAUGGCUGGCUUGUUGAACACCUUCACGACUGCGCGAAGAAGGCUGAGACACGAGCCGCAGGGAACCAAGAACUCACGUCCGAGCUCGCAAGGCUUUGCAGAGAGGCGAUAAAGGAAGACCUUAAAGAGAGAAGAGCAGAAGUGCUGGCUGAAGCUGCAGAGGCGGGGAAAAGCAUCCGCUAUGCCCGUCGAGACUUCGCCAGUCGCAAGACGAGGAUGACUGCUCUCCGGAACCCAAAGGGAACAGCCAUUGCAUCGAGAAGGGGGAUGGAGAAAAUCAUCUACGACUUCUACUCUGAUCUCUUCGACAGCCAUGUCCACUUGCCUCCUCACCAUCUGAGGGAAGAUGGACAAGUCAUUCCAGAGGUUCUCCCGUCCGAAAUACGACAUGCUAUCAUGUCGGUAAGAAAUCGUACUGCACCCGGUCCCGACAGAGUAAGACAAGAACACCUGAAGAGCCUUCCGCCAGUACUCAUCAACACCCUGGCGAGGCUCUUUACACGUUAUCUGUCGGAAUGCAAGGUUCCUAAACCGUGGAAGACCAGCAAGACCGUGUUGUUGUAUAAAAAGGGAGAUCCACAUGACAUCGGCAACUAUCGUCCAAUCUGCUUACUGUCCGUCAUCUACAAGCUCUUUACAAGAGUGAUCUUUAAUAGGAUUGAAAAAGUCUUGGAUGAAGGACACCCAUGCGAGCAAGCAGGGUUUCGAAAAGGAUUCAGCACGAUUGACCACAUUCACACUGUUUCGAAACUCAUCGAGGUAUCACGAGAGUACAAGAUGCCGCUCUGUCUCACCUUCAUCGACUUGAAAAAGACCUUCGACUCAGUUGAGACGGAAGCGGUCCUAGAAGCCUUGGACAACCAAGGCGUCCCUACUCAGUACAUAAAGGUACUUCGAGAGUUGUACAGUAACCUCACGACCGGAAUUUCGCCAUUCUACAAGAACAUCAUCAUUGACGUGAAGAGGGGGAUCCAAAAGAGUGAUACAAUUUCACCCAAAAUAUUCACAACUACCCUCGAGAACGCAAUGCGAAAGUUGGAAUGA